CCUCCUCUUCUUCUUCCCACUUCUCUUUCCCUGCCACGAUUUCCAAUAUCAACUACUCAAAAUUUUCCGUUUUCAGAGACUUUUAGAAGUUUUAGCUUCCGGGUAUUGUACAAGUUUCCAUUUCUUGCAGUUCUGACCAGCGCUUACAUAACCAUUUUAGUAAAACUUGAGUGAUUUGAACUUCUGGGUGUUGAAAAAGUUUCAAAGUUUUGCUUUAAUUUUGCUUUGGGGUCUGAUUUUUGAGGAGGGUGGGUGGGGGGAAUUUCCAUCAUAAGUAAAAGUCUGAAUUUUUUGGAAAAUGAUUCUGUUGCACAAAUGGUGCAUUCUGUGGAAGCUUAAUUCAAUUCUGGAGAAAAAAUUUAGUGUUUCCAAGAGUUUCUAUUUUUGGAUUUUCCAGAUCUUCAAUAGGUACAGUCUGGACACUUAGCCAGUUUAUUUGCCUUUUUCCUUUCCUCUGUUCUCUGCUCUGUUUUCGCCAUUUUCUGUUCAAAUAGUUAGUGAAAUACAACAAUGGGAGGCGCGUCUCUGCCCCCGGGGUUUCGUUUCCACCCCACAGACGAAGAAUUGGUCGGAUAUUACCUGAAAAGAAAAGUAGAAGGCCAGAAAUUUGAGCUUGAAGUGAUUCCGGUGAUCGAUUUAUACAAGUUUGAUCCAUGGGAGUUGCCUGAUAAGUCGUUCCUUCCGAAACGGGACAUGGAAUGGUUCUUCUUCUGUCCUCGAGAUCGGAAGUAUCCUAAUGGCUCAAGAACAAACAGAGCUACUAGAGCUGGCUACUGGAAAGCCACUGGGAAAGACAGGAAAGUUGUAGCUUGUCAAUCCACUGUGACUGGGUACCGUAAGACCUUGGUUUUCUACCGAGGACGGGCACCUUUAGGGGACCGAACGGACUGGGUCAUGCACGAGUAUCGCCUCUGCGAUGAUCCUUCUCAAGGAUCAGGUUUUCAGGGGGCUUUUGCUUUGUGUCGUGUUGUUAAGAAGAAUGAUCCGUCACAAAAGUCAAGUGAUUUCCAUGGAGAAGCGAAAGGAAAGCAGGUGGGAAGCAGUUCAAGCAAUGGUGAUUUCACCUCCGCAGCAAUCUCGAAUGAGAUCUUGAGCAUCUCAGACAACAUUCCAUCUCAAGCUAGUCAUGCAUACAAUGAGAGUAAUUAUUCGAGUCCUAUGGCUUCCCCUUAUGAAGCCGCACAGCCUGUGGAUUUUGAGCUUUCUUCAAGGGGGACCAAUCCUACAGACUUCUGGGUCUCACCUGAUCUAAUUCUAGAUUCUUCAAAGGACUAUCAGCAAGGACAAGAGACUGUAUCUGAAUUUGUUCCACAGUAUGAUUUUGCAAACUCAAUGAGUUCAUGGAAUCCAUACAGUGAAAUCUCACCCUGUUCAUCAUACUCAAAUUUUCCUGGGGAAGUUGAAUUUGCCGAUGACUUCAGUCGCAUUGGCUGCAUGUCGCCUUACUCAGGGGAUCCCAAUUACAUGGGAUUUUAUGGAAAUGAAGAUGUACCUUAUGAAGGGUUUGAAAAUCAAGUUCCAAUUUGCAGACAAGAGAGUGGAGAUGAGAGUUUUGGGGAGUGUAGCGGUCUAUGGUUGCAGGAAGACAACUUGGUGAUUGUAAUGUAAGGGUCUGCUCUGGAUAGCAUUGUCUGACCGGGUUUACCUUGUAUGGAACCAGCUAGAAGGGUCUCUGAGACAACGCCUUUUAUUGUUUGUUCAGAGUGGAAAAUACGAAGUACAACAGCCCAUUCUAGUAUAUUAAGCAGAAGGAAUUUCCAGUGAGAAUCCUCAUCAGCGUCGGUAUGGGAAUUGGUUUAGUAUCUAAAUGUUGAGUUGGGUUGUUGUUUGAAGCUGUUAGGUAGUAGAAAAAGAGGGAGACCUCCAAGUGAUGAUCACUUUUAUCGAUUACACCUGGAGUUGGUUCUGAUAUAUAUGUUUUUACCAAAUAAGCUUCCUGCACAGAAGCUGCCACUGUUAAUGAAAUCUAUGUUUCUUUCCUUAGUA